CGCCGGACGUCUCGGCUCCCGCGGCCGUCGUCGCCAUGGCCGCGACCCCCGCAUCCGCCCGCGUCUCCCCUCGUCUCCCACCGGACACCCCAUCGCGCAUCGCGUCGCACUGCGCCGCGAUGUACGCCAAGGGCGCCGUCGCCGCGCUGUCCAUGCACAGAGUCGCGCGGUACGCGUCGAGAUCGAAACGGUUGCGCACGCUCGCCGCGAGGUGCGUGCUCGUCAACGGAGUGGUGUUCCUCGGGUCGCUCGCGGUGCUGGACCACGCGCUGGUGCCCUUCAUCGGCUGGGUCCUUCACAGGUGGACCGCGGCGGACGCGGCGGGCGGCGCGGGCGGCGGCGCGGGCGGGAGAUCAUCCCUCGCCGCGAGCGCGUCGUCGUCGUUCCUGUGGACCGCGCGCGCCGCGUGGCUGUAUCCGACCUACUUCGCGAGCACGGUGGUCAACUCGUUCACCGCGGGGGAGAUGGCGCGGAUAUCGUGCGCGCUCGCCGCGGAGGACGACGCCGCGCGCGCGCUGGCGCGACGACGAGUGACGGGCUCGGUCGAGCUCGACGCCGGGGACUCCGAGAAGAAGGACGGAAGUCGACGGGGGGGCGUCGCCGGGCUCGCCGAGGCCGUGUACCACGUGCUCAUCGUCAACAGCCUGUUCGCGCAGAUCACCGCGCUGUCGUUCGUGCUCACCGGGCCAAUCGGGACGUGGGUCACCCGCGCGCUGCAGACGUGGCUGUACGCGUACUACUGCCACGACUACCUGUGGAGCGCCCGGGGAAAACCGCCAGGGUGGCGCGUUGCGCACUUCGAAGGUAACUGGUGCUACUUUGCCGGUUUCGGCAGCCCGAUCGUGCUGAUAUCGGCGAUGAACCUGUCCACGUUCUACGCCGCCGCGGUGCAGGCGAUGGCGUUCCCGGUGUUCAUGAUCGCCGCCAUCGCGAGCGGGGGCGAGGACGCCGAGGUUUGUCUCGAGGGGAAAAACGCGGCGCGGACGAGGCAAGGCGCGUUCCCGGUGUUCCACCUGGCGAGCGCCUCGGCGCGCGCGGUGCUCAGGUUGGCGGGCGUGGGCGGCGGCGCGGGCGACGGGGGUGCGAAGCGGACGAAGGGAGAGUAGGCGGACGCCGUAGAUCCUAGCUAGUAGAGGUGUGAUUCAACGUGUCGUGUCGUGUG